AUGCAGUGCGCUGACAUGUUCAACGUGAAAGCUGAUAUUUGCCAGCUGGGAAUUGACCAGCGCAAGAUCAACAUGCUUGCUCGCGACUAUUGCGACCAGGCAAAGAUCCGCUUCAAGCCUUUCAUUCUGAGCCACCACAUGCUCAUGGGUCUCAAGGAGGGUCAGGAGAAGAUGUCGAAGAGCGACCCAGAGUCGGCCAUUCUUAUGGAAGAUGCGUCGGGCGACGUGAGCCGUAAGAUCGAGAACGCCUUUUGCCCGGAGGGGGUUGUGGCGGCGAAUCCGAUUCUGGAUUACAUGAAGCACAUUAUCUGUCCACGCUUUGGUGCCCAAGGCGUGAAAGUGAAGCUCAUGGACGAGACGGAGGAGACGUUUGCAAGUUAUCAGGAGCUUGAAGACGCCUUUGUUGCGCGUCAAAUCAGUGGCACCGAUCUCAAAGCGGCACUGGCCAAGUAUCUGAACGAAAUUCUGGAACCUGUCCGCGAGCACUUUUCAAGGGGUGACGCCCAAGAGUUGUUGGCCAAAGUGCGCUCGUCUCGCAUCACUAGGUGA